AUGACGGCGCUAAAAGGGUCGGAGGGAGAAUCAGAAGAGGAAGAAGUUCAGAAAAAGCCAAAAAAGAAGGGGACAAGUGAGACUGGGUCAGAAACUAAAGAGAAGAAGCAAAAAGAUGUUAAAAAUGGCAAUGAUGGAAAAAGCGCAGGAGCCAAAAUCAAGAAGAAAGAAUCCGGGGCCAUGUUUCAGGUUAAUGGUGGAAAAAAAGAGGAGAAGACCAAAAAGAAAGGUCAAGGUGAUGCUGAGAAAGAUUCAGAUUCAAGUUCAAAAAAAUCAACAAAAAAGAAAGCAACUUCAAUGUUUCAGACUAAAAAAGAUGACGUUGUGGAAAAGAAAGUAAAGAAAAAAGGGUCCUCAAAGUCCAAUGAAGAAGAAGAUAAAGAGGAGGAGCCUGUAAAAAACACAAAUAAGAAAGGGAAGAAAGGAAAGAAAUCAAAGAAGAAAGAAGAGCGACCACCAUCACCAGUCAUCGAAGUGGACAAUCUAGAGGAGUUUGUGCUGCGCCCAGCUCCACAAGGAGCAACGAUAAAGUGCAAAGUAACAAGAGAUAAAAAAGGGAUGGACAGAGGAUUGUACCCUACAUAUUAUGUUCACCUUGAUAAUGAAAAGAAGGUCUUUUUGUUAGCUGGAAGAAAAAGAAAAAAGAGUAAAACCUCCAAUUACUUGAUUUCAAUUGAUGCCACAGACCUGUCCCGGGGAGGAGACAACUUCAUUGGAAAACUGAGAUCCAAUCUUAUGGGAACAAAAUUCACUGUAUUUGAUAAUGGUGCAAAUCCUGAUAAAGCCAAUUCUGACUGGUCUAAUGUACGACAGGAACUAGCAGCCAUUGUGUAUGAAACAAAUGUGCUGGGAUUUAAAGGUCCUCGGAAAAUGACCGUUUUGAUUCCCGGAAUGGAUGAAGACUGUGAGAGGGUUCCUAUUCGUCCACGAAAUGACAAUGACGGGAUCCUUCAGAGAUGGCAGAAUAAGAAUAUGGAGAAUAUGAUUGAGCUACACAACAAAAGCCCUGUGUGGAAUGAUGAGACACAAUCCUACGUUCUAAAUUUCCAUGGCCGUGUUACUCAUCCAUCUGUCAAGAACUUCCAGAUUGUACACUCAGAUGACCUUGAUUACAUCAUCAUGCAAUUCGGUCGUGUAGCGGAUGAUGCGUUCACCAUGGACUACAAGUAUCCUAUGUGCGCUGUCCAAGCGUUUGCAAUCGCUCUGUCCAGCUUUGAUGGGAAGUUAGCUUGUGAAUAAAAAAAAUAAAAAAGUUCACCCUCAACUCCAUUUUUUUGACUGUUCUGAAUUUCAUAAACAAUAAAAAUAUUUAUUUUAAACCAAAA